AGGAAAUAUCACAGAGCAAAGAGAAAGUAAGCAACUGGGAAGGAAAAGAGAGGAAAAAAAAGGGAAAAACAAUGAAAGCUUGCUACGGAGGAAAGAAGCAAAUCUGAGCAGCUAGAAGAAAAGAAAAAGAAACGAUAGAGAGGUUAGUUAUGCAAAUUUUCUUUGCAACUUUCUCUCAUUGUAUCGGAGGAGAGAGAAAACUAGAAACUUUACAACCUAUCCUCUCCGAUCUGCUUAAUAUUUUUCACUAAAUUAUCCCAUUAAAUGCUAUAGAUCCGAGCUUGGUACCCAACAUUAUUCGCAUUGUUAUUGGCAUUUAAAGUUCUCCUGGUCUUCCAAUUCGAGAUCUUUUUUCGGAUUAAACGAGCUUUCCAUAUAUAUUUGAAGAAAUUUUUAUUCGGGAUUUUGGUUACUCAAGUCAAGCUGCUUUCACUGACUUCUAACGGCGGGUUGAUUUGUUUUUGGAAUUUUAAGCUUCAUUGGAAGACCAAACAGCUAAUAGAAGCUGUAUUUGAGUAGGGGUGAGCGGUGAAAUGUUAUGGUUUGGUUCCAGAGUGAUUAGGGUGAUGGGAAUUUAGGGUUUUUGGAGAUUGUAUUGCAAGGUGAAGGUUUGAUUUCGUGCUUAUUAGAUAUAGUUGUCAAACUUCCGCAUUUGAAUGGUACAGUUUAUUUAGUUGUUGUGAAUUAUAUCAGUAUAGUUGCUGUGUCUUGGAUUGCUGGAAGUCGGAUUAAAUUAAUGGGGCUUUUGAAAACAACAAUGUGAAUGCAGUUGUAUGCUAUAGUUGGAUGCAAGUGAUGGGCAAUUGGCUUUGGAAAAAGGGCUGUUUUAGUUGUGGGAGCAAGGAGAGGUUCAAGUGAGAAAGUUUAACUUGUAGUGGAGAUGCCGCCUUCUCCAGCACUGAGAUAUUCUCCCGCGAGAGAGCCCAGAGCCGAGAACCAUAGGCGAGGCCGCAGUCUUGAAGGUGGAUUGCUCUUCAAGGAGAAAGAUGAUGACCUUGCUUUAUUCAAUGAAAUGCAAUCGAGAGAAAGAGAUAAUUUUUUGCUCCAGUCAUCUGAUGAUUUUGAAGACACAUUUUCCAAAAAGUUGAGGCACUUUUCAGAUUUCAAGCUUGGAAUCUCUAUUCCUGUUCGGGGAGAAAAUAGUGAACUGCUUAAUGCGGAUGGGGAGAAGAAUGACUAUGAUUGGUUGUUAACUCCUCCCGACACUCCACUUUUUCCUUCACUGGAUGAUGAGCCACCAGCAGUUAAUGUUGCAUCCAGGGGCAGACCUCGGAGUCAGCCUAUCACUAUAUCAAGAUCAUCCACAAUGGAGAAGAGUUACAGAAGCAGUAGGGGCAGUGCAAGUCCAAAUCGCUUGAGCCCAUCACCGAGGUCCUGUAAUAGUUCAAUUCAGUCGAGGGGAAGGCCAUCAUCAGCAUCUCAUUCUAGCCCAACUCCCAGCCAACGACCUGCCAGUCCUUCACGUAGGCCUUCUCCUCCUCCAAGUAAAGCUUCACCACCUGGUCCAAGGUCUUCAACUCCAACCCCAAGGAGGACAAGCACAGGAUCAGGAGGAAGGGGAGUUUCCCCUGUAAGGACAAGUAGAGGGAAUUCUACUUCACCGAAAAUAAGGGCAUGGCAAUCAAAUAUUCCUGGUUUCCCUUCUGAAGCACCACCUAAUCUCCGCACUUCUCUGGCAGAUCGACCAGCAUCAUACGUAAGGGGUUCUUCACCAGCAUCUAGAAAUGGUAGGGACUUGAGCUCAAAAUUCAGACGGCAAUCAAUGUCUCCGACUGCUUCUAGAAGUGUGAGUUCAUCACACAGUCAAGAGCGAGAUCGGAUUAGCUUACACAGUAGAGGGUCUGUUGUGUCAUCUGGUGAUGAUGAUGUGGACUCCGUGCAGUCGAUUCGUGUUGGUAGUUUAGACCGCUUGGCUUCAAAGGCGGCCGACACGUUUUCAAAUAAUAGAGCUGUGGCAUUUUCUAAGAAACCAACAAGAAUAAUAUCUCCUAGUUCUGCUCCAAAAAGAUCCUUUGAUUCUGCUCUACGUCAAAUGGAUCAUAGAAAGAGUCCUCAGAACAUGUUCAGACCACUCUUAUCUAGUGUGCCCAGUUCUACCUUCUAUGUUGCAAAAGCAAAUUCUGCACGUCGUUCUUUGAUGUCUAGGAAUUCUUCAGUUACAACCAGCAGCAAUGCAAGUUCUGAUCAAGGUAUGAGCAUUGCACCUUAUAUUGAAGGAAGUGACCCCCACCAGGAAGACAUGGCAAUGGAAAGUGAAAAAACAAGAUAUUCUGAUGCUCGGGAAGAAGUAUUUGCCUUUGAUAAGGAUGAUACAUUAAAUAAGGAUGUCAGGCAUGAUGCAGAUGAUGGUUCAUCCUUUCAGGUUGGUGAUGUUGACAGAACUCCUGCCACUGAAUGUGAACCUAAUGACUCUGAAGAGAACAGUCACCACGAAAUUGAUAUGGAAAUGGGUUGUGCUUCGGAAUCUUUAUGUGUCAAAGCUGAUCUUUUAGAAGUUGAUAGUAGUGAAAACGCAAAAGUUUGUUCUAAAUGUGGUCGCAAGUUUGAUGCCAUUGAAAUGAUAGAAAAGGACAUAAAUCUAUGUCCAGAUUGCAGUGGACAAAACAAUCUUGUGGCAGCCACCUGUCUGGAGACAGAAAUAGUAGCUCCUGAGAACUCCCCCCUAUUGUCCAUGAAUAUUUCUGAAGAGCACAAACCAUUUGAUGGGCUGGAGACACAGGUGGCCAUACUUAAGUCGCGAUUACAAGUCCAUGAUGAGGUAGAGUCGAGGGUUAUUCAGGGAGGAGAUGAUUUUAACCACAGCCAAGCUCUAUGCCACGAACAAAGCCAUACUUCCUCCCAAGAAAGUUGCCUUGCUAGAACACUGGUGGAGGGAGAUGAGCAGAGGAUUGCUAGCCAGCAUAGAGCUGUGCAACCAGCUGGUAGUUAUAGACAACCUGAUACUGACUCUGAAGCUCAGCAGUUGCUGCACUCUAGUGACCAUCGAAGUCUGAAGGUGGAUGUCUCAGAAGGUGCUGGCAUUUCUUUACUGCUUAAGAGGUCAAGCAGCAUCAAAGGGCCAGUUGUUCAAGCCAGGAGUUUUACUGCCUCUACCAUCACUUACGAUGAUUUCUCUUAUUCUCGAGAUGGUGCAAACAGUUUGAGAAGCUCCUUUGGACAUGGCAGUACCUCUGCUUCAUCCUCUAUUGACUUCAGCUCAGGCAGGCAAGUCGAAAAUCGUGUUCAACGGCAGUUAAGUGGUAGGAAAUCUGACAUGGAGAACUACAGAUACGACACAAACAAUAGACCUCAAAGCACCGGGUCAUCUUUGCCUGGAACUGCAAACCACACUUACCAUGCUUUAGGUCUUGCAACAAGCACCCAUGAAGAGAACAGUGAGGCUUUUGUUGGAGAUAUGAAGCAUGAUGGAAUAGAAGGAGCAGUAGUUCCUGACGAGGGUUCAUGUGCUUCUAAUGCGUCUUUUAUUGGGGCAGUAGUUCCUGACAAGGAUUCAUGUGAUCAUAGUGAGAGUAAUAGAAUAAUGGGUGCAUCUACCUUGGGUUUGUCCUGCCAUGCAGUUGGUGUUCAGUUUGAGGAGAAUUCGGUAUCAUCAAUUCCAAAUUAUGAAGACUAUCAUCUUCAUGGAAAUGAAGGGGAUUUGCCAAACAAUACAAGCAGUGUCUCAGACACAGAAGCAUCAGUUGUUCGUCCAGAUCCUCCUGUUGAAAUGGAACAUACCAUGUUGAGCUCUAGUUUCGAUGGACGGAAUGAUAUUGUGGUUGCUGCUCAUAGUUCUUUGGCCUCAAUAUCUGAGAUAGAAAUUGAGAACAAUUGCCAAAGCUCCCCUGGCUCAGAGAAUGAUGAUGUCUGUACGAAUUCAAAGAGUAGUAUAAAUGAACUUCAGGAUGUUUCAGUCCCCACACCUUCAGACAAGGAGAUGUCUGCUUCUGUUCUGGAGCACGGCAACUCAGAUGACUCACAUGGUAUAUUGGAGGAUUCAACUGUAAAGGUUUGGGGAGAAAGCAAGGUAAGAAGCCUAACCCUUGAAGAAGCAACAGAUACAAUUCUGUUCUGUAGCUCAAUUGUACAUGAUCUGGCCUAUCGAGCUGCAACUCUAGCCAUUGAAAAAGAAGAUUCCGUCCCUCUUGAAGGUUCUCGGCCGACAGUUACAGUUCUGGGAAAAUCCACUGCAGACAGAAAGGAUUCACGCAGCAGAACUACAGGGAAACGCGCUUCAAAAUCGAUGAAAGCCAGACAAAAACAGAUGGAAUUGGACAUAAAAUCCCCUUCUACCAAGACCGAGAAUGAUGAAAAUGCAAAUGAAUCUACAGUGCGUAAUGUUGGCCUUCCUAAUAACAUUGACAGUACAAAGCCUCCAAAGCUGGAAUCCAAGUGCAAUUGCACAAUAAUGUGAAAGUUUUUCAUUCAAUCCGUGCCAACGGUGCCCACCACGAAAAUCUUCUACUCCGGCCAUAUUGAGAAGUUGCUGAGUGCUUGUAUGUUAAUGGUUUUUUUUUUUUUGCUGUGUUUGAAGGGCUGUUUAGAUUAUUGCCAACUGGUUUCUGUUGGUUCCAAUUUAUUUGUAAGAAAACACCACAAUGCAUUGGUGAUAUAAUUGUAAAGUUUUUAUUUUGUAAUUAGGUUGGUAUUAGUGAAGGGGCAUUGGAGAUUUGUGGUUGUUCUGCUCCAGUGGCCACAUUCUAGGUAGUUACUCCCCACUUGAUUCAAGCCAUUGGUUAGAGUCUUAGAGAGAAGUGUGAAUUUAAACCCAGCCAUUCAUAUUCUUAAGAUUGUUAAAAGGUAUAGCUUUGAUUUUGCUCCA